UAAGAAUAACAUAGGAGGACGUUGGCGUUGUUGUUGGUUUGGGUUGUGAAUCAAAAUAAGAAACGAACAAGUUGCUCAAAACCACAUAUAUUUAUUAAAAAAAAAAAAAGACCGUUAAUUAGUAGUAUUAAGGGGACAUAAGCUGCAAUUUAAGAAAGUUUAAAAUGGGUUGUGCCGAAAGCAAGGAUGAGGAGGGGCAGGGACAAAACAAUGGGCCUAAAUACCGGUCCUGCACCGACAUCUGCUGGCUGGUUAUUUACAUUAUAUUCUGGUUGUUUUUGAUUGUGAUAGCGAUAUUUUCGUUUGUGUAUGGAAAUCCACUCCGCAUUAUAAACGGCUACGACUCCUUCGGAAACACCUGUGGCGUUAAGCACAAUGAAAAGUUUCAGGGCUUUCCUCUUUCCGGUUUAAACACGCUAGACAAGCCGGAGCUUUUCUACUUCGACAACAAGGAGUUGAAGAAGUCCUUGAAGGUGUGCGUCAAGUCAUGUCCCGCAAAGAACAUUGAGAAGGGCAGUGACUUGUUUGACUACUUCACCCAAACCGGCAACCAGCUCUGUAAAUAUGACUUCAAUAUGGAACAGAUCAGGGCGGCGGGCAAAGACGACAAGACCUUCAACUUCCUGGGACCUUGUCCCACACUCCCAGUGUCCGCCAGCUCGCCUGUUCUCCAUCGAUGCAUUCCAAAGGGUACUGGGGAAAAGGUCCAGAACUUUUACGACAUGCUCAACAACUGGGAUGUGGCCCAGCAAUUUUUGGGUGACAUCUAUUCCACCUGGCACAUCAUUGCCAUGGUCUGUGGAAUAGCCCUGCUUAUUUCCAUUGCCCUGGUCACCAUGAUGCACUGGCUCUCUCGCAUCGUCUCCUGGGUCAUUUGUGUGUUGGUCAUAGUGGCCAGUGUGGGUCUUACAGCUGCCCUUUGGUAUGCCUACUACAACAUCCGCUACAAGUCUGGCAUCAACACCCAAUACUCAUUGCUGGAGGAGUUUGUGCGCAAUCAGCAAGCCGUCCUGACCCUAGCCGUACUGGCCACCAUAACUAUGAUUAUCCUUGUGGUGGUCAUCUACUUCUUGAAGAACAAAUUGUCAGGGCUGUCGGCUCUGUUCGAGGAGGCUGGUCAGUGUAUGAUGAACCUACCAGGACUAUUAAUUGCUCCGCUGCUAGCCUUUGUGGUUCUGACUGCCUUUUUGAGCUUUUGGGUAGCGGUGGUGAUCUGCCUGGCCACUGCUAGUUCCCCUGGCCAGAGCCCGAUUGCUCUCUUCGACAACACAGCAGCUCAAAAGCAGCCGCUGCCAGCAAAUGCCGUUUUCGUUGCCAACAAUUCUAGCCUCAACGAUGGGCGAACUAUUGCCCGUGUAGAAUAUGACGAUGCUGGUGUCCUGCGUAGCAUGUUUUGGAUUUACGUUGUGGGUCUCAUCUGGACAGUAGAGUUCAUUUUCGCCUGCCAGCAAUUUGCCUUAGCCGCCGCCGUGGCAUUUUGGUACUUUGGCAAACCAACGACCACUCCCACCAUCUAUGCCAUUGGAAAACUUAUCAAGUAUCACCUGGGUACUGUGGCCAAGGGAUCGUUUGUGAUAACUCUUUUCAAGAUUCCACGCUUGAUUCUCACUUAUCUUUAUGCCAAGUUGAAAAAGGGAGAGGACAAGGGAUCAGAGUGCGCCGCCUGCUGCUUAAAGUGCUGUAUAUGCGGCUUCUGGCUGCUGGAGAAGUUCAUUCGCUUCCUCAACCACAAUGCUUACACUGUGGUAGCCAUUGAGUCGAUUAACUUCUGUCCCGCUGCUGGCAUUGCCUGGAAUGCCAUGGCCACAAAUGUUCUGCAAGUGGCUACCAUCAACAGCGUGGGCGAUUUCAUCCUGUUCCUUGGAAAGGUUGUGGUGGCCGCACUUGCCGGCCUUAUUGGUAUCUUUAUGCUCAAAGAUAUGCCCGGCCUCAACUUCUACAUGGCUCCUGUCAUCAUCAUCAUUAUCUUCUCAUUUUUCAUUGCCCACAUUAUCCUAUCACUGUUUGAGAUGGUGGUGGACACUCUAUUCCUGUGUGUCUGCGAGGAUAAAGCCAUAAAUGGACGCUCUGGGCGCUGGGCGCAGAGCAAUCUGGCCAAGUUAGUGGGAGAGGAACCACUGCAGCCUGGAGAGGAGCCGCCGGUGGAGGCCAUCCGAAUGAUGCCCAUCAACAAGCAGCCCUUCAGUAUUACCCGGCUUCCUCCGACCGAUUCAGAGGUGGCUCCCAUGUCAGAGUAAAGUUCAAAGCCCCAAACUCAACCCUCCCCCCGAAAACUCAACGCACAUCUCAUUAGGAUGUUAAUAUUUAUAUAAACGUACCAUACUCCGUCGCGACGUACAAAGCAGAUAAAUGGGACUAAUAUAACUUGUAAUAUUCAAACUUAAGAAGCACAGUUUGUAAAUGUAUUUAUAAAAUGUAAUCAUUUUUGUAUCUUAAUGUAAAUGAGGCUUUUAGACCUUUUUCACACGUUU